AUGGAGCAUAACACUCAAGGUCCUACCACCCGCGCCGCCAUUAGAUCGACUCGACGACCGUUAUCCCGUGCUUCAACAGCUUCACUCAACAGCUUAGAGCAGCCUACCUUUGCCGACACUUCAGACAUGUACAACGGGCAAUGGAUGACGGCCCAGCAUGGACAGGUUCAUCCAAAUGGCCAAGUGCACCCCAAUGCACACGUCCACGGUCAUGCCCAGGUUAAGGACAUGAACACGCCUCAGAUGUCGGCAGAGGAUAUUAUGAUGGCUCAGCAGCUCCAAGCAAGCCAGGACUACUCUAUGGACGCUUCGAUGAGUGCACCAAUGGGUCACCAGAUGCAAUACCAACAACAAAAACAUCCCAUGCAACGGCACCCGUUACCCGCUGAGCAAUAUAACAGCCAUGCCAGUUUCACCGAGGGAGACAGCCAAAUGAUGGAGAGGGACGAUAAUGACGAAAACUCCUUUGCUGGAAUGAUUGGAGCCCCAAAGCCUGCGUCCAAUAGAUCAAGUGCAAACAACGAGAUUGAAAUGAGAGCUCUAUUCAAAGCCAACGAGCAUCGCAGCCUUCCUGACGUGGCCAGUGAGCUUCAUGGAAAUGAACGAGGUCCAAACUCAGAGCGAACCCGACAAGUUUUUGCAAUGCUCUGGAUCCAUGGCGUCUGUGAAAGGGGCAAGGGUUCCGUCCCUCGAGGACGAGUAUACGCCAACUACGCCUCGAGAUGUGCUACCGAAAGAAUCACCGUACUCAAUCCCGCUAGCUUCGGGAAGCUUGUCAGGGUGUUGUUCCCCGGUCUCAAGACACGGCGACUUGGUGUUCGCGGAGAGUCCAAAUAUCAUUAUGUGAACUUCACACUCAAGGAGGACCAGGCCGAGGUUAGGGAGCCCUCAGUGCAGCCAACCCGCGCUCUCCCAGAACCUCCGGCCUUCACUCAAAGUUUCAACACUCUUCCUUCACAGACGACUAUCAGUCUGAGCCAAGGGGCCCUUCCGUCCCCUCAAAUUGGCAGCACUGAGACCAACCCGGCCCCAGCAUCGCAAAAGUCCGGCUUCCAGUCACGUAGCAUAUAUAACCAGCCACAGAUUGCCAGCAUUGCCCACCUCAGCUCCAGCACAACAAAGACUCAGCUUGAACUCGGCUUUCGUCCCGAGUCUGAUGGGCCUGUUGACCCUGAGGAACCUCUUAUUCUUCCUAACCUUGAGCCUUACCUCCCUCAAGGCACCGACCCCGACGCUGCCAAGUCUCUAUUCGCAUUGUAUCGCGCUCACUGCACAUCACUAGUCGAUUGUAUCCGUUUCUGUAAAGAGAAGACUUUCUUCCAUCUUUAUGGUGCUUUCCAAGGGACUCUCACCAUGCCUGUGUUAAAACUGUUUGGGAACCCGGCCUUGGCUCCUUGGAUUGAAGAGUGUGACUUCAUCCUCUACCAGCGUAUGAUGAGCAUCGUAUCUGGUUUGAAACUCCAGGUUGUUCCUAAGUAUGUUUUGGAUAUUUUCAAGUCCAUAUCGGAUAGACUGGUGAUGCACAUUCGUGAGUCUUUUCAAGGCCAGCCACAGCAUGUUAUCCGUGCUAAGGAGGGACCCGCGGCACUCUUUGUUGGACUCAUCGACCGCGCGUUGAGAGUCAACUUGACAGCUCACGCUGCUGCUAAUUUUCUUUCAUCCCGUGAGCAGCGCAAUCAGAUGUAUAUCGACUGGAUCACAACAAUCCGGCCUCGCAAGAUUGCCGAAUGUGUUCCUACUCGGGGUAUGGACGAUGUUGUGAAUCUUCUGCUUAACGAGAUUCGAGAUCUCGUUGAUCCCACAGACGUGCCUUGGGAGGUGGAAUGCCUCACCAUAUAUGGAGAUGUUUUGUCGCGCAAAGGUCGGCCAUCUGACAGUGAUGUCGACGGUGGCGCCGAAGGUUCCGGUGAAAAGGGCGAGUCAUACCAGCUUGAUCGUUGGGUAACAUUCCUCAACAGUCUACCGACCAGGUUCCCUUACGCCUCAGCGAGCGACAUCAUGCUAUGCGUCGAGAGGAUUGGUACUGCUGUGAUGCGAGACCUCACCAUGAACCAGGGUAAGAGCUUCAGUUCAUGGUGGGUGACCAAAACAUGGAUAGAUGAGCUGGUCUGCUUUAUGGUGGAGGAGGGAGGAUUUAUGAAGCAAAAGAGGAGCCACACAACAUGGUCGACAACGCCCACGCCACCCCAAGCAACAAAAGAUACGAGCCGGCAACCCUCACGAUACAGCAGUGGCAGUGACGAAUUCAACCUUAACAACUCAUCGCAAAACCAAGGGGAACGUGCCCCCUUCCCCCCAGCCAACAAACCCAGCCAGACCUCAAUGGGUAUGAGUGGGGGUGAUGUCCACGACGAUAGCGGAAUCGGCAUUAGGACACCCGAGGAGGACUUUCCCAUGGACAAGUUUGGGUUCACCGGCACAGACAACCAGGAGCAUGCCCUAUUGGAAGGGGCAGAAUUCACUGUUGAUGAGCUUUGA